CCAUUACCGCCAAUGAAAAAUCCACCACCUCCUCCUCCACCGCCAACUCCGGUGAAAAAAGGUAUACAAUCACCACUGAAGCAUUUCCAUUGGGAUAAGGAGAAACCCGAUAAGGAUCAUUCCAUGGUGUGGGACAUGUUAAACAACGGUGGUUCAUUCUGUCUUGACGGUGAUCUCAUGGAAGCUCUGUUUAGUAAUGCUGCAACCAAUUCGAAACUCCCUGGAAGAAGUGGAGAAUCAUCUGAUCGGGUCUUCAUUUUAGAUCCCCACAAAUCUCAAAACAUAGCGAUAAUCCUUAGAUCUCUUGCCAUAUCUCGUCAAGAGAUCCUCAAUGCCCUCUUAGAGGGCCGUAGCCUUGAUACUGAAAACCUCGAAAAACUGAACAAAAUCGCUCCAACCAAAGAAGAAGAAACCAAAAUUCUUGAAUUCAAUGGGGAUCGAACAAAACUUGCAGAUGCUGAAUCCUUCCUCUUCGGCAUCCUCAAUGUUAUUCCCUCUGCUUUCACCCGUCUAGAUGCCCUGUUCUUCAGGUCAAACUACGACCGUGAAAUCAUACAAGUAAAGGAAUCUCUACAAACUUUGGAAUUGGCUUGCAAGGAGCUCAGAAUUCGUGGGCUCUUCGUGAAACUUCUUGAAGCGAUCCUCAAGACAGGCAAUAUUAUGAACGCAGGAACUGCCAGAGGCAAUGCACAAGCCUUCAAUCUCACGGCAUUGCGAAAGCUCUCCGAUGUGAAAAGCACCGAUGGAAAGACUACCCUUCUUCACUUUGUAGUGGAAGAGGUAGUCCGGUACGAAGGGAAACGUUGUCUGAUGAACCAUAACCACAGCCGUAGCAGCAUUAGCAAUAUGGACAGUGGGGUCAGCUCACAGAGUGCCGGAGCGAAAGAAGAAAGGAGGAGGGAGUAUAUAAAGCUUGGGUUACCGGUGGUCGGAGGACUCAGUGUUGAGUUCUCAAACGUGAAGAAAGCAGCCAGAAUAGACUACGAUGCCUUCGCCCAGGUAUGCCCUGCUCUCAGAGCCCGGAUGGCUGAGAUUAGGGAGUUCUUGGGGCAGUCCAGCAUGAGUGAUCGAGGUGGGUUUGUGAGAGACAUGAAAGGAUUCUUAGAGGUUGCGGGAGAAAAGCUUGAUGUUGUGGAAGAAGAGCAGACAAGGGUGAUGUUGCUUGUGAAGAGAACUAAACUGUUUUACCAAUCAGGGGCUUCCAAGGCUGAAGGGGUUCCUCCACUCGAGAUAUUUGAGAUAGUUAAAGAUUUCUUGGAUAUGGUGGAUCGGGCUUGCGUAGACAUCGCUCGGAAUCAGAAGAAGAAGAAGGUGGAAAACACGGGAUCAUCUUUACCGGUGAAAAGGGUCCCAGUGAGAUUCCAAAACUUGCCGGAGCAUUUCUUUAUGGAAAAAUCAAGCCCAUGGACCUCACCUUCCAGUGAGUCAGACGGUGGUGGUUCCUGAUGAAACCCUUGGCCGGAGGAAAAUUUGAUCACUGUACAGUGUACAUAUACAC